UUUUCUUUUUUACAGGGCCCGCACCACCUGCUAGGUCCAAGAGCAAUUAAGCAGACUCAGAAAGUGACGGAACGCCCAGCGCGCUCGCACCUGGCGCUCCAGAGGAGCUGGCUGUGACCAGCUGUGCCAGGUUACGGCGGGCAGCGGCCGGGGCGCUGGCAGCCCCAGCCCCAGCCGUGCCCAGAGGACCCCACGGGCACUAACACAGCGGGCUCUGCGGGCGCUACCUGAGGGUGCAAGUUGAAUUCUAUAUGAAUGAAAAUACAUUUAAAGAGAGACUAAAGCUCUUCUUCAUCAAAAACCAAAGAUCAAGUCUGAGAAUACGAUUAUUCAAUUUCUCUCUCAAGCUCCUAAGCUGUUUCCUAUAUAUAGUUCGUGUGCUCCUGGAUGAUCCUGCACAAGGACUUGGAUGUAAGGAAUUAAACCGGAGUUGUUCCAAUCAAAACUACACACCUGGAACAAUUGAUUGGUCUCCCAUUAUUUGGGUGAAUCGAAGCUUACCUUUAUGGGGAUUACAGGUGUCUGUGGCUGUAAUAAGUCUCUUUGAAACUCUGUUGCUAAGUUAUCUAAGCUACAAGGGAAAUAUCUGGGAACAAAUUCUGAGAAUACCCUUUCUCCUGGAAAUAAUUAAUGCUGUCCCUUUCAUCAUCACGAUUUUCUGGCCAGUCCUAAGAAACCUGUUUAUUCCUGUAUUUCUAAAUUGCUGGCUGGCAAAGCAUGCUUUAGAAAAUAUGAUUAAUGAUCUUCACCGAGCCAUCCAACGCACACAGUCCGCAAUGUUUAACCAAGUCCUCAUUUUAAUAUCUACCUUACUAUGUCUCAUCUUCACUUGUAUUUGUGGAAUUCAGCAUCUGGAACGAGCAGGAAACAGGUUGACUCUCUUUGACUCCCUUUAUUUCUGCAUAGUGACAUUUUCUACUGUGGGCUUUGGGGAUGUUACACCCAAGAUAUGGCCUUCAAAGCUGCUUGUUGUCAUUAUGAUCUGUGUUGCUCUUGUGGUGUUGCCCAUACAGUUUGAACAGCUGGCAUAUUUGUGGAUGGAGAGGCAAAAGUCCGGAGGAAACUACAGCAGAUACAGAGCUCAGACGGAAAAACACGUUGUGCUGUGUGUGAGCUCUCUGAAGAUUGACUUACUCAUGGAUUUCUUAAAUGAAUUCUAUGCCCACCCCAGACUGCAGGACUAUUAUGUGGUUAUUUUGUGUCCUACGGAGAUGGAUGCUCAGGUCCGAAGGGUGUUACAAAUCCCAAUGUGGUCCCAAAGAGUUAUCUACCUGCAAGGCUCAGCCCUAAAAGAUCAAGACCUAUUGAGAGCUAAGAUGGACAAUGCUGAAGCCUGUUUCAUCCUGAGCAGCCGCUGUGAGGUGGACAGGACAGCAGCUGAUCACCAAACUAUUUUAAGAGCAUGGGCAGUUAAAGACUUUGCUCCAAAUUGUCCUUUGUAUGUUCAGAUCCUGAAGCCUGAGAAUAAAUUCCACAUCAAGUUUGCAGAUCACGUUGUAUGUGAAGAGGAAUUCAAGUAUGCUAUGCUAGCUCUAAAUUGUGUAUGUCCAGCUACAUCUACAUUAAUCACUCUGCUGGUUCAUACAUCCAGGGGACAUACAGCCCCAUGGGAAGCUUUCAGACAACUCACUGGAACCAAGCAGACAUUAAACAGGGAGAGUCAGCAAUCACCAGAACAAUGGCAGAAAAUGUAUGGCAGAUGUUCUGGUAAUGAAGUGUAUCACAUCAACCUGGAAGAAAGUACAUUUUUUGCAGAGUAUGAGGGGAAGAGCUUCACAUAUGCUUCUUUCCAUGCACAUAAAAAGUUUGGAGUCUGUCUGAUUGGUGUUAGAAAGGAAGAUAACAAAAACAUUUUGCUGAAUCCAGGUCCUCGAUAUAUCAUGAGUUCUACUGAUAUAUGCUUUUAUAUAAAUAUCACCAAAGAAGAGAAUUCUGCUUUUAAGAAGCAAGAAAAGCAUAGAAAAAACCAUGAAUCAAAAUUAUCUUAUCAUGGAGCAUCUAGGUUACCAGUACACAGUAUAAUAGCCAGCAUGGGGACGGUGGCCAUCGAUCUGCAGGACACGGGGUGCCGCGGGGCCAGCGGUGCCACGCUGGCACUGCCCGCCCAGGGCACCCGGGAGGGCAGGAGGCCCAGCAUCGCCCCGGUGCUGGAGGUGGCUGACUCCUCCUCCCUGCCCACCUGCGACCUGCUCAGCGACCAGUCCGAGGAUGAAACCACCCCCUCCGACGAGGAAGUCUCGGCAGGCUUUGAGUAUGCCAAAGGCUAUCCUCCUUAUUCUCCUUAUAUUGGAAGUUCUCCCACCUUUUGCCAUCUUCUGCAUGAAAAAGUACCCUUCUGUUGUCUAAGACUAGAUAAGGGAUGCCAGCAUAACUACUAUGAAGAUGCCAAAGCCUAUGGAUUCAAAAAUAAAUUGAUUAUAGUUGCAGCAGAAACUGCUGGAAAUGGCUUAUACAACUUCAUUGUCCCACUGAGAGCUUAUUACCGACCAAAGAAAGAACUGAACCCCAUUGUAUUACUGCUGGAUAACCCCCUAGAUGACUUACUAAGGUGUGGGGUCACCUUUGCAGCUAAUAUGGUGGUGGUGGACAAGGAGAGCACCAUGAGUGCUGAGGAAGACUACAUGGCAGAUGCCAAGACUAUUGUGAAUGUUCAAACCCUCUUCAGGUUGUUCUCCAGCCUGAGCAUUAUCACCGAGCUAACUCAUCCAGCCAACAUGAGGUUCAUGCAGUUCAGAGCCAAAGACUGCUAUUCUCUUGCUCUGUCCAAAUUGGAAAAGAAAGAGCGGGAGAAGGGAUCUAACCUGGCAUUUAUGUUUCGACUGCCCUUUGCUGCUGGCAGGGUUUUCAGCAUCAGCAUGUUGGACACACUGCUUUAUCAGUCAUUUGUGAAAGAUUAUAUGAUUUCUAUCACAAGACUUCUGCUGGGACUUGACACCACACCAGGAUCUGGGUUUCUUUGUUCUAUGAAAAUCACAGAAGAGGAUCUGUGGAUUAGGACAUAUGCCAGACUGUAUCAGAAGCUUUGUUCCUCUACAGGAGACAUUCCAAUUGGAGUCUACAGGACAGAAUCCCAGAAGCUCACAACAUCUGAGUCACGAGAAAUGGCUUCACAAUCCCAAAUCUCCAUCAGCGUGGAGGAAUGGGAGGACACCAAAGACACCAAGGAGCAGCUCGGCUGCCGCGGCAACCACCGGAACUCCACCUCCAGCGACCAGCCCGAGCACCCGCUGCUGCGCAGGAAGAGCAUGCAGUGGGCACGGCGCCUGAGCAGGAGGGCACCCAGGCACUCUGCUAAAACUGCUGAGAAGAUCAACCAGCAGAGAAUGAACCUCUACAGGAGGUCAGAAAGGCAGGAGCUCGCUGAACUCGUCAAGAACAGAAUGAAGCACCUGGGCCUCUCUCCAGCAGGAUACGAUGAAAUGAAUGAUCAUCAGAACACCCUUUCCUACAUCCUGAUCAACCCUUCUCCAGAUACAAGAUUAGAGCUGAAUGAUAUAGUGUACUUGAUCCGACCUGACCCACUGACUUAUGUUCCAAAUGCUGGAGCCAGCCGAAAGAACAGCUUCUGCAAUACAGUGGGACAAGACACCAGGGAGGAGACACAGCUUUGAUAUGGAACUCACCACAGCAUUCAGAGACACUUUUAUACACAGGUUGUUUCCACUAACUGUUUUGCAAACUGAGUGGUAUAUUUUAUUCAGAUUUUGGAAACAAAAUGACAGUGGGUAAGUGACCAAAUGCAGAAAUGUGGUGCCUAGAAACUCUGAUUUCAGGGAUUGUCAGGUCUGUGGCCUGUUCAUCAUAGUUGAACUUUGUCAGCCUAACAGAAUGAUGACACCUGUUGCUAUUUAACCCACAUGAACAAAUGUCAGAUUCUACCACGUUUUGCUUAGGUGCUCCUAAGCAUAGUUAUGUGGCAGCAUGUCAGUGACUGAGCUUCUGACCAAUGUCAGAUUAUCUGAUGCCCAUAGAGAGACAAUGCCUGAUUUGUAGUAGCAAAUAUGUUAAUACCUAAAGCUGCCAACAAGGCUUUGUGUGUCAACAAUUCAGUCUUUGAAAUAAUUUCCAGUCUCAGCCUGUCACCCAUUUUUAUUAACACAGAUUAGUUUCAGUCCCAUUUUAGCCUCCAGGACCUAGGUUUUUGUUCCUUGGGUUUGCACAGACCAGGUUGAAUGACACAACCUGGUCACACUUCAGAGGCUGAGAUUGAGACACGUCAAUGACAGAAGAGCCCAGCUGCAGGAAAGUCCCUCUCAUCUCUCACAGGCAGCUCUCCCAACACUGGCAAAAAACUAGGAAGUUACUGUGUGAAGCUGCAUACAGUGGUAGCUCAGGUGAAACACAACCCUUUGAACCUUGGUGGGUUUUUCUAUAGAAACCUGAGUAGAUUAUAACACAGAAGUGAAAGCAUCCCUCUAGGGAAUGAUUCCUACAACAAGCCCUCAACAUUUUCAUGAUUAUGCCAGAACUACAGUUUGUCCAUAGCAUUUCAUGUCUAGUAUUCAGAUUACCCAAAAGUGAUAGGUUUUAAAUUAAAUUAUGUAUCUCACUGAAGAUUAAAGAGAUUUAUAACCCAUUCCACAAAAUGAAUGUAAUUCCACAUAGUGUGAAAAAGCAGUAUGGAUCUAAAACCUCUGCUUCAUCAUGAUGUACUCAAGAAAGCAUCUGCUUGUGUAAGAAGCAACUACAAUUGGUCAAGCUUUCUACAGAAUUAAGCAUGUCUGUCCAUGAUCUUUCAAGAUCAUUGUCACAAAUGGGGAAGAACAUACUUGAGGUUUUAAACCCCCUUCUGUUGCAAGUGUCCACAUAGAACCAAGUAAUUUUGCAGAUAGUCUAAUAUGGAAAAAAUUAUUAUUCUCUGAUCUCCUUUGAUGUCCUAUUUGUAAAAAAAAGAAAGAAAAAAAUCAGUCAAAACUGCUUCUAUUCUCUUGUAUAUUAAUUGGCAGAAGUAUCUUUAAUUUCUGAAACAGAAACCACAACCAAGUUGCCCAGUAAGCAGCUCCUGGAUGUGAGCCUGUCUAUCAGCAUUGUAAGGAUACUGAAAUCAAGUCACGUUCAUAUUAGGAAUGACAGAAAAUCUGCUUUUCCUCUUAAUGAUUCCAAGGUUUAACAAUUCAGUAGUUCUGCUUAGAGUCCAUUAUUCCACACUUGAGUCAUUCACUAGUUUAUUCACAGAUAAAGUAUUUCGAAUGGGCACUGUGGGAAACAAAGAAACAAUUGAAACAGCUGCACAGACUGAAGUCUGCACUUUUUCAGAAAGAAAAAGAAGGAGUAUAUGGUACAGGAUCUUGUCCCAGACCUGUCAUAGAAGUUACCCAGAAGAGCUGGCAUGUGCAGUGUGAAUAACUUUUUUAUUUUUAAUACCUUCAGGGAGAAAACUCUAUUCCAGUUGAAUAUUUUUUUAAAAAAUACAAGUUUCUUAACAAUGUUCAUUCCAAAAUAUUAGAAGGAUCUGUGUUGCAUUCUGAAGGCUUCUCUGAUGGAGUCUCAAAGAGGCAGAGAGGCUUCCAGAACCAUGGCUUCCUCCAGCAGGCAAGCUGGAUAUCCUGCUUUUAGCCUGAGUCACAGUUCACAGGAAUUCCUCUGUGUGUACAGCACACUCCACUGAUUUAAGGACUCUGCCAAAAGGAUCUAUAGGGAGGCCUUGAGUCCUCCCAUUUAACAGCCCAUAAAGCAGCAGAGACAAGCAGUCAGGUGUGUCCAUUUGCCCACUUAACUCAGCAGAAUUGCUGCUCAGCUAGAUUGGAAUAGUGGUAUCUAAUGUGACCCGGUAUUUCUCCAGGCUUAAUGAAUUUCUAAUUGCUCAUUAGUCCCAGAAGAUUUGCUAAAGCAAACACAAAGACAGCUGGAGACACUUGGAGUCCCUAAAAUGAAUGCAAGGCAAUCUUUGUGAACCAAACACUUAGUUCUCUUCAAAAUCUGCUGGAAGACUAGCAAGGUAGUAAAAGCUAUCAGCAGCUUCUGAUGAAGCAGAAGUUCUAAUAACCCAUGAAUAAUGUACCACAAAGUUCAGCUAUUCAGAAUAAUGCUGUCUUUCAUGUUGAAAGCAGAACAGGUUUGCUUCCUCUGGAAUAUCUGCACAGACUGCAUUCUAGUGGGAUGUUGAUCAUCCAAGACCAGCCUAAGCACCACUACAUUAACCCUGAAAGAGACAGUAUGCACAGUCCUCAGUGGCCAGGGAGGUGAUUCUUCAAUGGUCAUCCUACAGGCAAUCUUAUGUUCACACACUUUUUUCUUGUCAUGAUUAUCAGAAAUGUAACACAAGCCUAACUGGCCUGGAGACCAGGCUGAGGAACAGGAGUCUGAAGGCUCAGUGCUGGAGAAGGGAUGAUGAAGUUCUAGAAUGAGCAGAGUCAAAUGACUGUUGAACAGAGGGGAUUGAGCAAGCAGCAGUUCACUAAGUAGAGGGAGAAAUGUGGAGCUGUGAAGAAAAGAUUAUUUCUAUCUCUGCUAACUGUAUGUAUUUUUCCUCCUGGCUCACUUCUGUCAACAACCCAAAGAUGGCCCUGUUCCCCAGCACUGCCUUAGCACUGCCCAAGCAGUUUGGUAUCCAAGUCACAGACCCAGAGAGGGAAGAGCUAGCUGAUAAUAAUUGCUUCAUUCUCAAGGGAAUCUCCAGCAAAGCCAGAACCUAUGAAAAUGUGUUACCUAGUCUGCAAUAAAAAAGUCACAAGAACUUUUUUUAAUGGCA